CAUGGCAGGGGGGUUUGGAACUGGCUGAGCUUCAAGGUUCAUUCCAACCCAAACUAUUCUAUGAUCUGAGGAAAUUGAUCAUAAAUUGCUGUUUAGAAAGGCAGCUUUGGAGAGAGCAGAACGUGGGCACUGUUUCUCAACUGUAGCAUCUUUUCGGCAUAGUCUAGGGUAGCAAAUUGCUGUGCAUCAUCUCUGUGUGCUCUUGUGUGACAUCUCACCCUGAAGGUUCGCAGAAUCAUAGAAUGGCUUGGAUCAGAAGGGACCUUAAAGAUCAUUCACUUCUACCCCCUGCCAUGGGCAGGGACACCUCCCACUGGAUCACAUUGCUCAAAGCCUCAUCCAACCUGGCCUUGAACACCUCUAGGGAUGGGGCAGCCAUGACUUCUCUGGGCGACCUGUGCCAGUGCCUCACCACCCUCACAGGAACACACUUCUCCCUCAUAUCUAAUCUAAAUCUCCCCUCUUUCAGCUUGAACCCAUUUCUCCUCAUUCUAUCUCGGCACUCCAUGAUAAAGAGCCCCUCCCCAGCUUAGGUGGGUUAGCUAGCUUCAGAGUACACUAUAAACAUUCGUCUUUUCUUACUUAGAAUUCAGUCCCUGGGAACUGGCUUCUGUUGGGUGUGUUUGCAGCUUGGUCUCCUAAGGAAAGAAGAAAAGGUCCUCAUGGACCUCCUCUGUCUAUUCCUUCUCCGCUUAGUAAUUUUAGUGCUCUGGCCAAUUUCAGUCAAAUGCACCAGCAAGAGAGGUCUUAAAGAGGUUGAGAUCCUUAGUUUCAUGGAAGUCAACAUCUGACAAAUUGCAGAGGAUGACAAUUAUUGCUCAAGCUAAGGGCAGUCCACCUAGAAUCUAUCUCCUUGUGGAUGACGACAGCACAGGUGAACAGAGUUCAUCAGCAUACACGUGGCUGAAUACAGCUGUAGUGCAUGGUGCCGUUUGUCCAGGGAAGUUUGUGGAGAAAAGGUGGAAGUCAGGAGAAGACAGGAAUAGUGGUGUGUUGAGCUGCUGACCGUAAGCACAUAGCAAAUUGCAUGUCUUUGUUUUUAGUUUUCAUGUAACAGCUUGGACUUCUAUUAGACUCAACCCAGAUAUAUGAGUAUUAAAUACUUUAAGUGAAGAUAACUUAAUGGUUGGACAGUUAAGCAUUCAGAAGUUGGGUAAUGUAACAGCUGGGCUUGGAAACGUGAUUUUGACUUUGCUGUUUCAUAUAUGAUGUGUUGGGACAGUCUGAAUUACGUGAUUACGUUGCAUAGCGCUUUAACAAACUGCAGGGUGUCCUUUGUCACUCACUCAUCACUUGUAUGCAGUAAUUGGAGAGAUAGGUGGACGGAAACUUCUAUGGUGAAAGUGGUUAUUAUUAUUUUACUUUGACUUUCAAUUAGUGCCGUGAUGAUAAUGAUCCACAAGUACAUUUUAGGGCAAAAUAGAUUUGACAGCUGAAAAUACGUUUUUCACUGAAUGGGAAAUAAGGUUAGAUAAUGCUCAUGAGCAUGAUUUUUAAGUGCUUGUAUUUAAAAUAACAUUUGGUAUGUGUGAAGCAGUUUGAGAAUGGCUGCAAGCUUGGAAGUAUUUGGGUAUCACUUACUCUACUCCCUUAGAGACUUACUUUUUCCCUUUGGUUAUAGAUAAAUGGGAUGAUUUUAACGGAGUAGGUGAAAAUGGUGGUGGAUCCUGGAGGAGUCUGACAACUGUAAAGAGAUAAUUAGGAGUACAGACAAACAAACAAAAAAUUACCCUAAAGAUACGAAGCCUGUUAAAAGAAGCCAAUGAGCUUUCCAGGAGGAGCCAGGGAGAGGUGAAGCCACAAGGAGCCUGAGGGUGCAUGGGAAGAAUUGCAAUAACAGGCUCUCUUCUCCGAAACCAUGCCAGAGAUGACAGAGAAUGAGACACCUUCUAAGAAGCAACAUCGUAAGAAAAACCGGGAGACACAUAAUGCAGUGGAGAGACAUCGAAAGAAGAAGAUUAAUGCUGGGAUAAAUAGAAUCGGAGAACUUAUUCCCUGCUCUCCAGCACUUAAGCAGAGCAAGAACAUGAUCCUGGAUCAGGCCUUUAAGUAUAUAACAGAAAUGAAAAGACAGAAUGAUGAACUUCUGCUAAAUGGAGGGAACAAUGAACAGGCUGAAGAGAUAAAAAAGCUCCGGAAACAGUUGGAUGAACUGCAAAAGGAAAACGGGAGAUACAUUGAACUACUGAAAGCAAAUGAUAUUUGCCUCUAUGAUGAUCCUACAAUCCACUGGAAGGGAAAUCUCAAAAAUGCGAAGAUCUCAGUUGUCAUUCCCAGUGAUCAAGUUCAAAAGAACGUGAUUGUCUAUUCGAAUGGAAGUCAACCCAAUGGAAAUAACCAAGGAGCAUCUGUCCAGGGAAUAACAUUUAAUCUUGGUCAUAAUUUACAAAAGCAAACAGCUAAUGUUGUGCCAGUCCAGAGAACUUGCAGCCUAGUGACUCCUGUGACGAUUUCUGGUAUUUACCCCACAGAAAACAAGCCAUGGUCACAAACUACAGUUUCUCCGCUGGCAUCUGCUCAGGCAGCUCCAGCAGGGAAUGUUCUUGAGCUUUCCACCUCAGAGAAUGAGCAAGGUGUGCUCAUUGCUGCUACUGCCAGCUCACAGAGCGUGUCUCGAUCUGGAACAGAACAGGAACUACAGUGUUCUGCAAGUAAUGCACCACAAAAUGAUCAAAAUCUCCCCAAAAGUAAAAAUGAUGAGGAGAGCACUAAAUUAACAAAGAAAACAGUUCUGCAGGGAAUGAACCUUCCUUCCAGAGUCUCCACAGAAGCCUCCCAAGUUCAACAGGUGACUGCAACUUGCUCAAAUACAGACAGUUCUAGGAGUGACCUUCAGGAAAGCUGUGUCGUUUCAACCACAGACACAACUUGUGUACCCUCUGUGAGACUGUCCACUGCAGAAGGUUUUUCCACUGUAAAUGUCCUCAAAAGUACAGACGUACUCAGUAGUACUGGAAUGCCUGUGUCUUCUGCAGCAGAAGGAGUUAAGGCUGUGAUGGCCAUAAGCACCCUCCCUGCCAGUCCCCUAGAGAAUUGCUGGUCUUUUUCAGGCUCUUCAGGUGUUGGCACUUCAGACUUGAAAAACAUGAGUAGCCUUACACGGAUGCCUUCAGCUGGAAACACACAGACCACGUGGACAACUUUACAGCUAGCAGGAAAUACUGUUCAGCCACUAAGCCAAACACCAUCCAGUAUAAUGACUGCACUACUAAAUGAGCCAGUUAAUGGUGCUGGUACUGUAUCUUCUGCUCACAGCAGGCCUUUGACUACAAGUAUCAGUUUGAAUCCUUCUCUGCCUGGGGAUGGCCAGGCAGCUGAACAGAUUGUAGUUACCUUGCCCUCGUGCCCGCCCUUACCUAUGCAGCCCUUAAUCAGCCAGCCACAAGUUAAAACUCAGGCUGCAGGUAAUAUCCUUCCAUUAAAUUCAGCUAUGCAGGUGAUUCAGAUGGCACAGCCAGUCGCAUCAGCUGUUACAGGAGCACCAUCCAACCAGAAUGUCAUCAUCCUCCAGCCUCCAAACCCUGCUCCAUGCCCUCCGAUCGUGAGAGCGGAUGUUCCUAGCCAAAAUGUUAGUCAGCAAAUUGUAAUUAUACAGGCUGCUAGUCAGAACCCUCUUCCCCUCCUCUCUGCUCAGCCUUCUGCUUCUGUAAGAGUUCCUGUGAACGGGCCGACUGCAAUCUCUAGCAGCUCAGUACAAAAUGCCCCUCUUCAACAGACUUUAGGAGGGAAACACCUUGUCCAUAUAUUACCAAGACCAUCUUCUUUGCCAUCUUCUAGCUCUACGCAAACAUUUUCAGUUACAAUGUCCAAUCAACAGCAUCCUCAAACUAUCUCAUUAAAUGGUCAGCUUUUUGCAUUGCAGCCUGUGAUGUCUUCAUCUGGAGCUUCAAAUCAAGCCCCUAUGCAAAUUAUUCAACCCACCACCAGCGAAGAUCCAAAUACCAAUGUUGCUCUCAAUACAUUUGGUGCUUUAGCUAACCUCAAUCAAAGCAUAUCACAGAUGGCUGGGCAGAGCUGCUUACACUUGUCUCUCAGCCACCCUACCAAUCCCACGAGUGUCAAUAACCAGAUUGCCACGGUCAACUGUGUGUCGUUACCAACUUCUGUGGCAUCUUCGGUACCCGUGGAGGUUUCGGUAUUAACCAGUGUGUCUAAUUCCAUAAAUGCUUCCCCCAAAAAAGUGGCUGCUGGCUUGCCAUCCAGUGCAAAGUCAAAAAGGGCAAACAAAAAGCCAACUACAAAGAAACACCAAGCAGUCAACAGCAAUGUGUCCUGUCCAACAGUUCCUUGCAAAGAUGCAGGGAAGGUAGACUGCACUCCCGUGGAAACUGUAGCAAAGCAUUCCAACAGCGAGGGGCUGCUUGAAAGUGCUCCAGCAGUAUCACAAGCUUUAACAGCAUCGCAGGUGAGUGGUGUGUCAGUGUCAAGUGGCAUCAGUGUUUCGAACUGUCAUUCUAAAGAAACUGCAAGCUCUGAACAGGCAGCAAAAACCUGCUCCGUCCCUGAGCCAAGCUCAGCAGAGGCACCCACUUCCUCACCGCUGGCAUCUGUGGUGUCGGAGCAGCUGUCGCUCAUCCCACCGACUGCCAAAGACAGUGCUCCUCGCCAGCAGGCCCCUGAGUCUCAGAACCAUCCGCCAACCAGCUCUGCCUUGCCAGAGCCCCCCAAGCCCUGCGAACCCCCCAACUCCUUAACAUCCUCUCGUACUGAAGCACAUGUGACACAUUCUCAGGUUGCUGGGACGUCAGCAGUGAAGGGCAGCGCAGCUGGUCAUACUUCUAAGGCAGGAAUGAUUUCAGAGCCCUACAGUGUUGCACAGGAUUCCUCAGCGGUAAUUCAAGAUGCGGACUUGCUAGAAGGACAGGGUCUGACCAGAAUGCUGUCUGAUCUCACGAAAGAAAGAACAGCUGUGGAAAAAAACUCUUCAUUUACCAUUCAGAGGGAGCAUAUUAAUUUUCCCAUGGAAAACUCUAAAUCAGCAGAACCAAAUGUUGAUUUGCCUGAGAAGCAGGAACUCUUGCUUAUGAACACAGAAGGUGAUACUCUCUCCCAGCAUCACUCCUGUGUUUCUGACCAAGAAGUAGUCAGUGCCUCCCUUAUCACUAGCAGGCAGGCAGACUCCCCGAUGUCAACCAGCUCUGGCAGUAGCCGAGGCUUCUCAGUUGCAUCUAUGUUGCCGGAUACCACCAGAGAAGAUGUCACUAGCAGCACCUCAACCAGUACGUGUAACAGCUGCCCGUUUUCAGAACAAACUGAUAUCGUAGCUCUUGCAGCGAGAGCCAUUUUUGACCAGGAAAGCCUUGAGAAAGGUGGAGGAGGAAUACAGGUUAACGUGAGGGUUACCACCUCGAAGUCAACUGAGGCUGCACCUUUGAAGAGAGAGCAACAGGCUUUUAAACCUCAACCAGUGAAAGAAAACAAUGCAGGACCGUUGGAAGUGGGGGCAAGCAAAUUCAGUGCUCAAGAUGCAGUACAAACAAGUGUCGAUAGACAGGUUGAAAAGCCAAGCUGCCCUGUAGGAAGUGUAGAAACAUCAAAUGCUUCUUUGCAGGUUUCUGCUUCCCAGUCACCGAGCAUAACCAGUUUAAGUGUGAAUAACUUAAUACACCAGAGUCGCAUUGUGCAUCCCCUUGUGGGUUGCUCGAGUUUAUCCCAGUCUUCGGAGCCAGCAAGUGUCCCUGCGACUGUCAGCCUCUCCCUUCCAUCUAGCACAUACAUCAAUCAGUCUCCAGGACCCGCUAUGAUGAGUGAAUAUGCUCAGGAACAACUGAAUGCUAUUAGGGCAAGCACCAUGCAGGCACCUCAGCUGCAGGAAUCCCACUUAAAGCAGCAAAAUCACGAAGGUCGCAAGGACUCUGCUAAGCGGGCUGUUCAAGAUGACCUUCUGCUUUCUACAGCAAAGAGGCAAAAGCAGUGCCAGACGACACCCAUCAGGCUUGAAGGGAUGGCAUUGAUGAACCGAACACCAGAGAGUAUUGCUGAUCAAACGCAGAUGCUAGUUAGCCAGAUUCCUCCUAAUUCAUCCAAUUCAGUGGCAUCAGUGAGCAAUCAAGGGCACGCGGAUGGCCUAAAUAGGUUAUUCCCCUCAAACAGCAAUUUUGUAACACCAGCUCUAAGACAAAAUGAAGUUCAGUGUGCUCCUCAGCCAUCGAUUUCAGAGCAGCAAGGCCAAGCAGGACAGCACUUGCAGCCAAUUCAACAUGUUCCUGCUCAAGGCAUAUCUCACCUUCACAGUAAUCAUCCGUACUUGAAGCAGCAGCAGGCUGGUCAGUUAAGAGAAAGGCACCACUUAUAUCAGCUGCAGCACCAUGUCACUCAUGGGGAAAACUCAGUCCACUCUCAACCCCACAGUGUUCACCAACAGCGAACAAUACAGCAGGAGGUGCAGAUGCAAAAGAAACGAAAUCUCAUCCAGGGAACACAAGCCACACAACUUUCUCUACAAAAACACCAUGGGAGUGAUCAAACACGGCAAAAAGGUCAGCCUCAUCCUCACCACCAGCAAAUGCAGCAGCAGAUGCAGCAGCACUUUGGAGCUUCCCAGCCUGAAAAGAACUGUGAAAAUCCUGCAACAAGCAGAAACCAUCAUAGCCACCCUCAGAGCCAUAUAAAUCAGGAUAUUAUGCAUCAACAGCAACAAGAUGUUACCAGCAGACAGCAGGGUUCAGCUUCUGAACAUGUGUCAGGGCACAAUCAGAUGCAAAGACUUAUGACCUCAAGGGGCUUAGAGCAGCAAAUGGUGUCCCAGGCAAGUAUCGUAACCAGACCAUCAGAGAUGACAUGCACCCCUCAUAGGCAGGAAAGAAACAGAGUUUCCAGCUAUUCCGCUGAGGCACUCAUCGGGAAGACACCCUCUAAUUCAGAACAGAGAAUAGGAAUAUCUCUUCAAGGCCCAAGGGUCUCUGACCAGCUUGAAAUGAGAAGCUAUCUUGAUGUUUCUAGAAAUAAAGGAUUGGUCAUUCAUAACAUGCAGGGACGCUUAUCUGUUGACCAUACAGUUGGCUCGGAUGUGCAGCGGCUUUCUGAUUGUCAGACUUUUAAGCCUGCUGGACCUAAUCAACAGCCGAUGGGCAAUUUCGAUGUACAGGCAUCAAGAAACAAUGAAAUUGGUAAUUCUGUGUCAUCCCUCAGGGGCAUGCAGUCUCAAGCCUUUCGAAUCGGUCAAAAUACAGGGCCAUCCAUAGAGAGACAGAAGAGAUUGCCCUACCAGCCCGUUCAGGGUAUUCCAACGGGAAAUACCCUGCCAUCAAGGGAAAACGAAAACACGUGCCACCAAAGUUUUAUGCAGAGUUUACUUGCCCCUCACCUUGGAGACCAAGUUAGUGGAAGCCAAAGAUCAAUCCCAGAACAUCAAAGGAACACACAGUGUGGUACCUCCUCCACAAUUGAGUACAAUUGUCCCCCAGCACGAGAAAGCAUCCACAUCCGAAGAGAUGGUGACGGACAGAACAGGGAGAGCUGUGACAUGUCUAUUGGUGCAAUUAACACAAGGAACAGUUCUUUGAAUAUUCCUUUUUCAAGUUCUUCUUCCUCAGGAGAUAUUCAGGGUCGCAAUACAAGCCCAAACAUCUCUGUGCAGAAGUCCAAUGCCAUGAGGAUGACAGACAGUCAUGGAACCAAGAGUCACAUGAAUACUCCUGUUUCUAGCAACAUGCAUGGAGUUGUGAGACCAACUCAUCCUCACCCUGCAGUUUCUCAUGGAAAUGGCGAACAAGGGCAACCUUCUGUUCGUCAGCCAAAUUCUUCAGUUACUCAGCGGUCAAGACACCCUUUGCAAGAUAAUGGAGGUUCUAAAAUACGUCAGCCUGAAAGGAAUCGAUCUGGAAAUCAGAGACACGGAAACGUCUUUGACCCUAGUCUUCCCCAUCUUCCCCUGUCUGCCGGCGGCAGUAUGAUCCUUGGGCGCCAGCAGUCUGCAAUAGAAAAAAGAGGAAGCAUUGUCCGAUUUAUGCCUGAUGGCCCUCAAGUGUCUAAUGAUAAUGCAGCCCCUGACCAACAUACUCUCUCUCAGAAUUUUGGAUUCCCUUUUAUUCCAGAGGGUGGCAUGAAUCCACCGAUAAAUGCCAAUACCUCUUUCAUCCCACCAGUCACUCAGCCUAGUGCCACUCGAACACCAGCUCUAAUCCCAGUCGACCCUCAGAAUACGCUGCCAUCCUUCUAUCCACCUUACUCUCCUGCCCAUCCUACUCUUUCCAAUGACAUUUCUAUCCCUUACUUUCCCAAUCAAAUGUUUCCUAACCCGACCACAGAGAAGCCGAGUAGUGGAAGUUUAAACAAUCGAUUUGGAUCCAUUUUGUCUCCUCCCAGGCCCGUUGGUUUUGCUCAGCCAAGCUUUCCUUUGCUUCCGGAUAUGCCGCCGAUGCACAUGACCAACACGUCACACUUAUCCAAUUUCAACUUGACGUCUUUGUUUCCAGAAAUAGCCACUGCUCUUCCUCCAGAUGGUUCAGCAGUGUCGCCUUUGCUUUCCAUUGCAAACACAUCUGCUUCAGAUUCUUCCAAGCAGUCCUCAAACCGCCCUGCCCAUAAUAUAAGCCAUAUUCUAGGUCAUGACUGCAGCUCAGCUGUAUGAGAACUGAUAGACUGACUUCCAGUCUGAUGUGUUGUUUAUAUAUUUAAGAAGGAGAAAGUGGAUCUUAGUGGCAUCCCUGAAGAGACCAUUCAUAGCAUCACUGUUUAUUUACCUAAAUGUAUGUAUAUGGGUACUUUUCAUACACACUGUAUUUCCAUCCACCUUACUAACUCUAAAGCACCAGUGCCUAUAGCAAUGCUUACUUACUAUUGAACAGUAAGAAUGCAACAUUUAGAGCUGUGCAAACAUUGGUUGUUGAUUUUCCAACAACCAAGUUUGAUGUCCAAUUGUUCCAGGGGAAGGGCCACCCUCAGAAAUACAUGGAUGUAAAAAAAGUAGUGACAGAAUCCAUAUAGGAGACAGGAAGCAAAUGCUACUGGUUUCAUUUUGUUUCUGAUGCGUUUGCCUGAAACUACAGAUGAACUUGAAGUGGCUUGGAUUUUUCUUUUCCUAUUGUAAAAUAUCUUUAGGAGCAUCAACACAAGACAAGUCCGAGUUAACCCAGUGUUAAUUGAUAAAGACAUUUGUUGUGCAGCUUUUGUCUAUUUGAAGCUUGUCACAUGCACUUGACUUAAGGCUGACUUUACCUGUGUAUUUACUGUAUAUUUCCAUGGUCAGCAAUUGAAAAUACUGGUUUAGAAAAUUUGGUUUUUUCUUUAACCCAUGACUUUCUGUUUCUAAGAAUAAUUUUGUUCGGAUUUGUUUUAAGAAUGGCUUUAGUUACUGCUGAACUUGGUCAGCAUUUUAAUGUAGCUCACAACUCCUUCUGGUGUAGUCAGCAAAGACGGCAGUUGGAUUUGUUGCCAUUUUGUUGUUCAUAUGCUGCAAGUUACCUCAGGGUGGGUUUUGUACCUUAUUUAGCACCUUCUUAAUGUCUCUAUCCCUCCCUUCAUCCCCACCCCCUUUUUCUUUGGCCCAUGCUCAAACGCCAGCUUUCUGUUUUCUGUGAGUGACAGCCCUUUGUUGUACCAGGCAGCACAUGGGAGGAGGACUGAGCCUAUGGCAUCCUGCAAAAUGAUCCCUGUGGGCCCAGUUUUUACUUUCAUUGCUGACAGGAUUGGACCUGAGUUAAUAUCGGUACUCUGCACUUGAAUGCACCUUUUGUCUACACCCGUAUGAUUGUGGCUGAAGGAGGACCUUGAAUGUGUCAAGACUGAAAUGCUGUGUAACAGGAAGAUGUCGCGAUUUGAGCACCACAAGGAAGGGGGAUGUGUUGGUAUGUGCAUGAGAGGUGGAGUGAAUGUGCGUGCACUGGCUGAGUCUCCAGUACUUUGACAAAUUUCAGUCCCAUUUCUUUUAAAAGGAAAGGAAGAACUAGGUAAGUUUUAUUUAUUUAAUGGUUCUGCAGUGUGACUUUUCUUAAAACAAGGUAGAAAUAUUUGCCUUUUAUUUUUAUCUGCUUGGAAAUACCAUUCUGGUUUUGAUUCUUCAAAUAACAUAGUAACUUCAGGUCUCCUUGUAAGAAAUCCUCUCUUUACCAGCCAUGGAGUGGCAAAAACUGUUCUGAGGCCUCUUCUCUAGGCAGGUUAAGCUUGGCAUACGUGUGUGUUGCCCACCAGUGCAUCGGCUUGCUGCUCCUAGGACCUGUCACAGGUUCUUCCCAGUGCCUCUCCUAGUGGAAAGGACCAGGGGAGAGCUGGCUCCCUGGGAUUUUCUUAGGGUUUUUUUUUUUUUUAAUUUAAAAAGCAGAAAGGAAGAUGUUCCUCCAUCUCCAAGAACAGGAUGCACAAAGAGGGACCUGAAAGAUUUUUCCAGAGCUUGACUGCUUACGCCUCAUUUUUGCUAAGUCCUUUUACACUGAGACAGGAAAGUAAAGAGGCUUUAGCAUGAAAAAAGAACUGGGCUCUAUCUGUGGUCAGUCCUGACAGCAUCUCUACUCUUUUGAUUUGGAGUGUGAUAUUCUCCUGCCAUGUUAAGUAUUAAUAAAAUGGUUCUGAUUCAAAUUGGGAAUCACUUUUUAAUUUAGUUGGAGCUUAUUUUAGGACACUAAACAAAGUGGUACAUCAGUUCUCUGUUUAUUAAAAAUAAUAUAUUCAAUAUUUAUUUCACUUCAAAACAAGGCAGCUUGUCCAAGUUUGACUGUGAAAUGGGGUUCCAAAGUGCAGUUACCGAACUAAUUGCAGCAACUGGCCUGUGCAGAGCAGGAGGGGUAGAAGUGACGGUCAGUCCUCAGCUCCAUCUGAGAUCACUGCAGGUCUGGGUAUUAUCCAAUGAAAGUCUGAUCAGAUUGUUCCCUAACACAGUGGAUCCCGAAGGGGUUGCCUCAGGUGGUGAAAUGAGUUCUGUGACAAUGAGUGGCUCUGUGCAUUGUGGAUGAUAAGCAUCAGGAGGUUGAAUCAGCAGCUACGUUUGCAUUACGUAUUUGUCUAUAUUACUAGGAGGGAAGCAAAACAGCCAUUCUUGCUGUCUUUGAAUGGCAUUCAUUGUGCAGCAGUGCAUUUGGCUUUCAAGACAAAUCAGUGAAAAAUCAAGUCCUGGCUUCCAGGACUUUUAUAUAAAAGAUAUUAAUCCUGCUCAUCAUUCCAGGCAUUCACAUAGUACCACAUUAGUUCCCUCUGCUGGGAAAACUCCACUACUUCAUUAUGUCUUUGAAAACUGGAAUGAUCUUGUAAGCUUAUAUGGACCAGUUGUAUCAGCUGAAUGUUCACAAGACCGCGGGGCCUGAUGGGAUUCAUCCUGGAGUACUGAAGGAGCCAUCAGAUGUUACAGCAGAACCCCUCUCAAUCAUCUACCAAAGGUCUUGGGAACCUGGAGAUGUCUCUACUGACUGGAAGGUGGCUGAUGUUAUUCCAAUCUACAAAAGAGUGUGAGUGAAGAACCUAGAGAACUACAGGCCUGUUAGUCUAACCUCAGUGCCUGGAAAAAUUAUGAAGAUCGUACUGGGUAUUAUUGAAAGGCAUGUAGAGUAACACAGUCCUCGGGCACAGUCGUCAUGGGUUCACAAAGGGAGAGUCUUGUUUAACUAAUUUGAUAUCCUUCUAUGAUGAGGUCACUCACCUAGUGGAUGAAGGAAAGGCAGUGGAUGUAGGUUUUCUGGAUUUCAGUAAGGAUACUAUUCCUCACAACAUCCUUCUGGACGAGUUGUCCGGUUGUAGGAUGGGCAGGUUCAUGGUACACUGAGUGAAGAACUGGCUGAAGGGCAGAGCUCAAAGGAUUGUAGUGAGUGGGGUGAUCUGGCUGGCAACCAGUCACCAGCCCUUCAGGGAGGGACCUGGGGAUGCUGGUUGACAGCAGGCUCAGUACGAGUCAGCAGCACCUGGCAGCUAAGAGGGCAAACCACAUCCUGGGGUGCAUCAAACAGCAUAACCAGAAGGUCAAAUGAGGUGAUUAUCCAGCUGUAUUCAGCAUUAGUGAGGCCUCACUUUGAAUACUGCAUGCAGUUCUUGGUCCCACGAUUUAAGAAGGAUGUGAAGGUCCUGAAAUGUGUCCAGAGGAGGGCAUCCAAGCUAGUGAAAGGGGUGGAAGAUACAUCCUGUGAGGAAUGGUGGACUUUGGGCUUGUCUAGUUUGGAGGAAAGGAGGCUGAGAGGGGCAACCUCAUUGCUCUCUGCAGCUUCCUGAGGAGGAGGUGUGGAGAGGGUGGUGCUAGUCUUUUCUCCCUGUUAUCUAGUUACAGGACACAUAGGAAUGGUUCGAAGCUGUGCCAGGGAACGUUUAGACCAGAUAUUCAGAAGCAUUUUGUUACUGAGAGGGUGGUCAGACCCUGGAACAGGCUUCCUAGAGAGGUGGUCGAUGCCCCGAGCCUGACAGUGUUUAAGAGGGAUUUGGACAAUGCCUCUAAUAACAUGCUUUAACUUGGUCACUCCUGCAGUGGUCAGGCAGACUAGAUGAUCGCUGUGCAUCCUUUCCAUAUCCUAUCCUAUCCUAUCCUAUCCUAUCCUAUCCCUACUCUACUCAUUUAUUCCUUCACAGUGAUUUGACUAUUAAUUUCAGUGGUGUUAUACUGAGCUUAAAUGCAAUCCUGAGUAUUCACAGUAGAAUAGGUCAUCUGUGUUUGUGGGGUUGUUUGGUUUUUUUAAUGUUGGAUGUAAUUUUCUGAAGAGGCAGUAACUUUUCACAUGCCCCUUUUCUCUUUACAAACGUGACCAAAAAUAGUGACUUUGUUCACAGGACACCUGCAACACAGAUAAUCAAGACACAGGCAUUUUAGUGAUAUAAAGACUGUUGCGAUUUUGCAGGAGCUGCACAGUUUUGCGGCGUGUGGCUUGAAACCAAUUACCACGUGACUGACCCUCAAUCUUUCCCAGACGGUUAUGUCCUGCAUUGUUGGGACAGGGCGUGGUGAUUCCUGCAUUAUUACCAUGUCACUUUGUCGUCCCCCUUGGGAUUUUUUAUGAAACCUGCCAAGACCAAGGUGGGGAAAUAGGCUUUUGUUGCCGUCCUUCAUCAUGGCACUUUCUGUUGAAGUUCAACUGUGUACCAGUGUGAGUCUUUUUAUGUGCUGUAAGCAACACUAAAUGAUGCUGUGGUGUUGAUGUGAGAUGAGGAAGACUGCUAUGCAAAGAAAGGUAGGCAGACCUAUCUGUGACAGCUUCAUAGAAAUACAUUUGUCCAAAUCCUGUUACUUAUACUGCUGACUGGCGUUUAGGUCAAUGAUUAAAUAAAGAUUGGCUCUAUUGUGCAGUCUUUUAGUCUAAUGUGCUGUCCAAGAUGGCCUUUGAGUGCUGAAUAUGGCCAGGUCCCCUAGUUUAAGAGCAGCUUGUGGGUUUGCUACAGAUUUCAGCUACUCACAUGUUCAUGCUCAUAUGCCUUUAGGAAGAACAAUGGGUGGACCAGAUGUUUCACAUUAAAAGAAAGGAAAUAAGUAAUUUUUGUUAGUUUUUAAUUAUGCAGUUGUUUUAGUUUUUCUCUUCACCAUGUGCUAAUCACCAUUUCACAUUAGCCAGGCCACAGCUCAGGUUCUUGCAUUUAGUUUUGUAGGUCAGUUUGUGCUGCUGACAGGUUGGUGUUUCAGCUUCCGACUGCUGGUCCUUUCACAGGGCUUUGGGCUCUGCUCUCAGGAAGGGGAGCAAUUCUAACAUCUUUGCCAUUGAGUGGAAACUAUUCUUUCCUCUUUUGUUUGUCCUUUCUUCUGCCAUUGAAGCUGUUGUGUUUAGGUUAUAUCUAUACAUAUGUAUGGGUCUUAUCAGGGUCAUAGGACUUUAAGGAAGGUUCACUUUACCUCAAUAUAUGCUUGGGGGGUGGGGGAAGUUUGAGCAAGGAGCCGCUUUAAAUUUGGGAGAUCAAGUAAUUGUUUUGUUUGUUAUAAUAACGAUUUGACAAACAAAUACAUUUUCUUCAGCAAACAACUGUGACGCCAACAAUUUGUUAUCUUUUUCUCCUAAGAGUUACAUGGCAAAUCACAGUUGCUUUGCUUUUCAAGAUAUAUUUGGAAAAGCUUUUGUGGUUUUAAUUGCAGUUUGUUAGCACAAAAAUGGCAUUUUCUUUUCCAUAUUACCUUUUUGAAGGUUACUUAGGCUAAAUGGGGGAUUAUUUUGUUUUGAAGAAAGGAAAAAUACCAGUAUUGUCUAAUCUAGCAAAAUAAGCAGCAGAAGGGAAAGGUUCAGAGCUACCUCUAGGGUGGGACCCACAGCUGAUAAGUGGGGUCUCUCUGUGGCUUUCAGCUUGGUCUAAAUGACUUCAGCAAACAGUAGCCAGUGGUGUAGGGCUGGAUUGCAUGUGCGUCAGUGUAGUCCUUGACUAAUCCUAAAGAAGCAUAGGAGAACAAGUCUGACAAGAAUCAGACUUGAGUUGAAAACAGGCAAUAAAAUAGUAAUGUAUUAACAUUUAGAUACCUUUUCAUUGAGAGAAAGGACCUGACUCAAGAGCAGCUAAGGAAACUGAGAACUGAAGUGAUCUGAGCUGGUGGCUGAGCCGUACUGGAUUGUGUUUUCUAGCUCCUGCCCCCUACUUCUGUCACUAUGCUGCUACCCAGGUGGAAGAGCACAUCUGUGAAAAAAUUAAAUAGACUGUGCUCGUGCAGAGCCUCCUGAACUUUGCACAGAUUUCCUACUGCACUUUAAAGCUGCACCACUGCUGCUGUGGUUGGUGACUGUAGUGCUGUUGCAGAAAACUAAUCAUGUGGCAGGGCAACUGCAGAGGGCAUUGCUGGAGAAAAGGGGUCAUUUCAGUGUUUUCUCAUCUCCUGAUGUCUCUUCUCCUUACUCAGAGGUACUUUCACAGUCUUGGCUCGAAGACUUGGUCACAAACUCAUAUCUGUUUCUGGAUGUCGAAGUGUAGGCAGUUGUGCUAGGAGCUGUGAUCUUUUUCCAUUCCCCAAAUAAGUUUCACACUCAUCACUUUAAUAAUGACAGAUUAUAGAAAGACAGAUUAACAAUUAAUCUGUUUAUACCAAAUCAGUCAAAUUUGUCUUGAUUUAUGAUACGGUGGUAUAAGGAGCUCCAUCCUUUAUCAUAGCCUGACCUAAGUUAUCUACUACUGUUUUUCCCUUCUCCACCUGCUACUGAUCCAGCGCCGGCAGCAGCCACGUGGGCAGGAGUGCCAGUGCAGGCACAGGUUUGUGUGUGAGUGUGUGUCACCUUCCUACUGCAUCUGCAAUCCUUAGAGUAAAUCUAGAACUUCAGAGCACCAACACUUUCUUCCCACUAGUUGUAGUGACAGCAAGCUGUUCUGUGAACCAGUGAAAGAGUUAGCAGAGGGUUUUGGUCAUAACGACGCAAACCCACCUUCUCUCUACGAACAAGCCCUGCUUAGUUGCACAGAAGCCAUUUAUUAUUUGCUGUUACCAGUUUUUAUGAGGUGAAUUAAAAAAAAACAAAGGUAUUUCUUUCUGUUUCCCUUAAAGUUUUACAAGUCGAUUUCAAGUUUGCAAUAUGCGCUGCUGUUUUGGCAAUCACACGUGCGAAACAACCGAGCUCGCAGUGGUUUGUACCCGUGUUCCAGCCCGCUCACUGUGAGAAGGGAAGCAAAUAUGGAUUUUGCCACAGGAGAUUAAUCAAAGAUGCUGUUGCCCUCCGUGAUGUAAAUUAUUUCUAUUCAGUCCAGAGUUUUCUGCUGUGCUUGUUUUAUACAGCUGUAAAUUACUUGGAUACAGCCCCAAUGGAAAGUCCUUCCUAUUUUGUAAUGGAAAAAAAGGAAUUCUGCAGUAGAAAUCUAUAACGAAUGAACAGGAACAUCAUCUUCCAGUUGUAAAUAAGAUCUUGUUAUGUUUAUUUUGACAUCUUUUUACAAUUGUGUUGCAUUCAAGUGUAAAUAUCCCAGACCAUGAUCUUGUUCAGAGUUCUGAGAUUUCUAUUGUUAAAUGUAAUACUUUGUUUAAUAGCUGUAAUAAUUAUUUGUAUAGAUAUGAACAUGAUAGUAUUUUAUUAAAAAAAAAAAAAAGAAAAACACUGAAUACUGUAUGCUUUUUAGUACAGCUUCUUUCCCCAUGGAAAGCCACACAUUCCACUCUUCAAAGCAGAUAGAAAUAAAAGUGUUGGUUUGAGACUGGGAAUUUACACGUAGAGUUCUCCACUGACGUAUAUUCCCUGCAUAUACAAAGUUGUUCACCACUUUGUUUGGAUAUAGAAAACUACACAAUCCAGGAGAAACAGGUAGUGAUAAUGAAGUAUCUAAACAAUGUGUGGCAGAUGCUGUCCCUGCCCAGGUGACAGGGAUCAUAAACAGACAGAUUAGCUUCUAUUUUCUUAGUUGGUGACAGCCAGCGUCUCUAGCUGAAUGAGGAGGCUGUUUCAGGAUGUCUGUGGUGAAGUAGAACACAGAAAAGCUGCGUGCAGGACUAGGGGCGGUCUCUGGGCAGUCACAGUACCCUCAGCCCACUUUCCCUGCCCUGAGAGGGCAGCUCAGCACUGAGAGCAGGUGGCAGGGCUGGUUAACUGCAGCAAGCACUGCCCGAGAGCAACAGCCCAAACUUCAGUGCCAACAACCACAUCAAGGAGUUCCCUGCUCUUUCCUAGUGUGGUAAAGGGGCAGGGAGAUAGGACACGAGACAUCCGAAUACCUUCAAGGAUGGGCUGAUCCUCUUGCCAAAUACAUCCUGUUGAUAUGCUGGAGAAACUCAGUAUCUCCAUGUUGCUGUCAUUGCAAACUUCCCCUCCUUCUGCAAAGACACCUUUGCUCUGUGUAGAUGCCACUGUCUUAAUAAACAAAAAAAUCUACAUUUAACUGUGGACAAGUUGACAUUUCUCCUAAAACUGUGUCUUCACAUCUCAAAGUACAGCAUUGUCCUCCUGCCUUGGUUGGUCUUCUACCAUGCCAGAGGUUGUGGUGGUAGCUGUAACACUGUCAGCUCACAUAAUAUAAUAAUAGCUUCCUUAAUAUCACAGAAUUACAGAAUCAUAGAAUAGUUUGGGUUGAAAGGCACCUUAAAGAUCAUCCAGUUCCAAUCCCCCUGCCAUGGGCAGGGACAUGUCCCACUAG